AUGGCUACCGAUCACAUUUCGAAGCCUACCGAGGCUGACGCCCUGAUCCUCGAAGCUUGGGGACAGGGCUUGAUGGUGGGAAGUCUCCUCAUUAUGGCUGUUAUCACUCUCGCCAACAUGAAGUCACAUAUUCUCUUACACAAGCUGAUCUUCGCCGAGGUAAGGAAGCCAAAAUACUGGCCUAUCAUUUACGGCCUAACAGGACUUGAACUAACUUGUGGAUUUACUAUAGCUCAUCCUGGCCAUGGCUCAUGGUACUUUCAUCUUCCCCACGAGCCGGUCUACGGCUGGUAUCUAUCCGUAACCGCGGUCGGUCUCAACAUCUCCUGGGCCCUACACAAUGUCAUCGCCUGGAUGAAGAAUCGCCCAUUCCUAUCGCGAAAGGUCUCCAUCAUUUACAUUGCCACUGUCGUGCUCUGCUGGCCCUACUGGGGACUGGAGAUCUAUGCGAAUUUCACCUACUUCAACAAUAUCAACAAGAUCUUCCUAACGACUAGGCCAAUGGAGCCAUUAUUUCGCGACCCAUGGUGGAUCUUCACAACAGCCAGUCUAUUCUGGACAAUCAAGCGCGAAUACAACUUCGGAUUAUGGGAGCUGGUAGUCGUCAGCCCACGAUUCGGAAUCAUGCUCGCAGCUAUGUGUCUAUCGAUUAUCUUCAUGGUCGUCGAUACCUGCAGCGUGCUGAACGCCUUCCCCAGCAUCCUCCCAACAGGUGUUGAACCGUUCUGGAAACUAUCCUUCAUCUUCAAAUGUCUCUGCGACACAGUCAUACUCGACGACUUCAAAACAGCCCUCGACCACCUACGCAUCCACUGGAUGCGCAAGAAAAACGGCGAGCUGUUCGUCACCCCGCUCACGACUCCGAACUCCAGCCCGCGCGCAUACAGAAACCGCAGGGAUAGGGAUAUCGAGGCGGGCGAUGACCCUUCUACCCCUACGAAGGGAUCUUACGGCCGCGCGGUGCAUAUGGAUGAUGUUUAG